UUGUGCAUCUGAGUAAUGCUGACGCUCAAAGUUAUAAACAUCUCAGGCUGACGCUUGUUUCUUCGCUACCUCUCUUCAACCGAGGUUUACAUCGAGCUCCUAUCUUCAGCAUCAUGGCACACCAAGGACCUAAGCCGCGCAUUGAGCCAUGCCCGAAGCGUAUCAGAGUACUCUUUCACGGCAAAUACAUCGUCGACACUCUCAAUGCGAAACUUGUUUGGGAACACGCAUACUAUCCUUCCUACUACUUCCCGGUAUCCGACCUUUCACCUACUUAUCUCCGUGAAACGCAAGCAGCUACCGGCGAGGAGGGAGUGAAAAUCUAUGAUCUCGUCGUGGGAGACCGACAUGCCAAAGCAGCCGUGAAGGAGUUCACAGGCAAGGGGAGCGGUACCGAGGAUUUAGCUGGCUUGCUGAAAGUAGCCUUUUCGGUUGCGGAUGCGUGGUUAGAAGAAGACGAACAAAUCUAUGUUCACCCGAAGGACCCUUAUAAGAGGGUUGACGUCUUGCAAUCUUCUCGUCAUGUUCGAGUCGAGAUCAAUGGGGUCGAAGUUGCAAAUACACAUAAGCCUCGGUUGCUGUUCGAAACCCUCCUCCGUGUUAGGACGUAUAUUCCUCUCACAGAUGUCCGAGUAGACUUGCUGAGACCUUCGGACACAACCACACAAUGCCCAUACAAGGGAGUGGCGAAUUAUUAUAACGUGGAGCUUCCGAAUGGUGAAGUGCAUCGAGAUGUGGUUUGGUAUUACCGAACUGCACAGCCUGAGUGUGGCCAAAUCACCGGAUUUUUAGCUUUUUACGACGAGAAAGUCGAUGUUUGGGUUGAUGGUGUAAAACAACAGUAGGAACUGUUUCGCGCAAAUGUGGACUGAUGACUCCUGGAGCGGUGUCAAAAUAUCGCGAGAAACAGACACUGUACUGAUAUAUUCCGUUCAAACUGGUAGUGACAUCUUUGACUGUCCAAU